ACUUGCUCAUUGAAUAGCGUCAUUCGCCGAUAUACCAGCAAAUAACUACGGACCUGAGCUGGUCUCACGGCCGAGGGCCUUUCAACUCGGCCCGUAUUUCUCGUACAGUCUCUCGCAAGGUGUGGUUCUCGACGUUGUCGACGGAAGUAUGCCGCCGUGAGAUCAACAAGUGUCGCGCGAGAUCCACGUCCGAUCGGCGUACGAUCGAGCAAGCGCGUCUUCGCUGGCCUCCGCCUCGAGCCUCCCCGUGUGGCGCGUUUCAAAGCAGCGACAAAGUGCGCGUUUUUUUUUCAAAGCCCGAUCGCGAAUCAAAGAACACACGAUCCGGACCCGCUCGAUCGGAAGGACCCGCGUCCGCGGGACUACGGUAGCGCUGAAGGAUCACGAUCGAACGAUCGCGCGCUACGCGAUCUAAUGGGAAACGUCGUCGUUCCGACGUGGAUUGGAAAUUAGUGCGCGCGUGUUAUUGGACCGCGGGUGCCGGCACACGUGACCUCUUCACGAAUUUGUUUGGCGCGCGUGGUUACGUAGGUGGUGAAACGGUGGAGGAUCUGCAUCCGUGGCAGAGACGAAGAGCGAAAUGCCCAAGAGCUUGUUAUUUCUGGUCAUCGGCUUGCUCGUGAGGGUACUGGGCUUACCCAGUGGAGCACCGCCGGAGACAUGCUUGGAUCUGAAGCCGCGUCACCCUGGCAGCUCCUUGCAAUCGUCGUAUCCACCUUACCAGGUACUACCCGCAGGAGGACAAGGCAGGGUCCGUCUGAUCCUCGGGAGCCCCGAGGGUCUCGCAUAUGAGGGCUUCAUGAUUCUUGCUAGGGACGUUGACACCGGCGAAUACGUAGGGGAAUUCGCGAAUCUGCCCGAUUCUGCGAGAAUUGUGGAAUGCACUCAAGGCGUAAAGAAUGGCGUGACUCAUACAAAUACCAACAAGAAACACAAUCUUGAAUUCGAUUGGGAAAUUCCGGUUGAUUAUGAGGGUACCAUUAUCUUCAAUGCCACCUUUGCUCAAGAUUACAGCACGUAUUGGGUCGGCGUGGAAUCUCCUAAGGUUGUCAUCGAUAAGCGCUCUAUCAAACUGUUGACCCCAGCUACACCUAUCCCUACUUUCAGGACGACCACACCGCCCUACUACAGCCGUACCGUCAGUUAUGCGGCGAAGGAUGAGGUGGACCCGUUCUACGCGGGCUGCGACACCACGAAGAACUGCUUCGGCGCGCCCGGGGGUUGCAUAAAAACCAAGGACUGCCUCGCCGUGGUGGCCGUGAUCGUGCAGGGCGAGGAAUAUCAUUUCGAGAUGCAGGCACGGAGGGACGCCAAAUACGUUGCUGUCGGCCUGUCGGAUGAUAAGGAUAUGGGUGAAGACAGUGUAGUCGAGUGCACGAACGAGAAUGGCGAGAUUGCGUUACACACGUCUUGGAAUUCCGGAAGACGGAAUACGCGCUAUACGAUGCCGGAAGGCGCGGUUGAGCUGGAGAGUGCUGCGAUCAAAAAUGACGUGAUAUACUGCAAGUUUCGACGGGACAAACUCACCGUCUUUCAGGGACGUACAUAUGACCUUGUCAACACUCCGUACCACCUUUUACUGGCCGCCGGCGACGAUCUGAGACCAAAUGGCGUUGACUUUCACAAUCUCGUCUAUAUUGCGAGUACUUCGAAGAGGUUGGCCGAUGUCGGAGAAUGGCCGGCAGCCAGUGACUUACUGAUUCGCCUUCAUGGGGCACUUAUGCUGGCAUCGUGGGUCGGCACGGCCUCCAUCGGGAUUCUACUUGCGAGAUAUUAUAGACAGACCUGGGUCAACUCCCAGUUAUGUGGGAAGGAUCACUGGUUCGCUUGGCACAGGUUCUUUAUGGUGCUCACGUGGUCGAUGACGAUAGCCGCCUUCGUGAUAAUAUUCGUGGAAUUAGGCAGAUGGAGUAAAGCGACGAUACACGCUUCGGUCGGCUUGGCCACCACAAUUUUAUGCUUUAUCCAGCCCUUCAUGGCAGCUAUGAGACCACAUCCUGGUGCACCACGAAGAGCCCUCUUUAAUUGGGCUCACUGGUUCGUUGGUAACGUGGCAAAAAUAUGCUCUUUAAUUGCACUUUUCUUCGCGGUACGGUUGAACAAGGCUAAGCUUCCAGAUUGGGUCAUAUACAUCCUCACAGCAUAUGUGGCCUUCUAUGUUCUAACUCACCUCAUUCUCACAUUUUUGGGAUGUGUCUCUGACAGACAAGCUAGUCAGAGAGUGAAUUCAUUCCCAAUGAAAGACAUGCAUUCUCGUGGAUCAAUGGUGCAUCCGGACUCAAGACGAGACGCUCCCCACUCCGGCCUGCGGAAGUUCAUUUUUGGUGUGUACUUUGUGGUUAUCGUCGUGUUCACCGCAGUCCUCAUAGUGAUUACCGUGUUGGCACCUAUCGAAGAUACAUGGGCUACCUUCACCAACACUCUCACAAAUAAGGGCCGCUAAUCAACGCCAUAGAAAUAUUUGUUACCACCACAAUACUCGCACGGAAGAUUUUGACCGGAUGAGGAACAUCUAUCGUAGAUGACAAUGUGUAUUCCCGGAACGAUUUUCUGUAUGCAAAUUAAGGGAAGAAGAAUGUAUAAAUUUUUGUUCAUAUAAAGAUGCAAAUCGUAUCACAUAGCAAUAUGCAAAAA